CUAGCAGCGACAUGCCGCAGCCCGGUUUUGAUCCUACGAAACUCAGGUUAUUUCGUCGAAGGUUAUGUUAGCACCGACGUAUUUGUAGUAAUACAAAUAAUUAGCAUAAGACUAUUAAUUGAUUUCGUAUAUUUGGCUUAAAAAAUAAUGGGUGAAUCUGACGAAAAGAUAGUGGAACGAGGUGAUUAUGUUGUUGUUCAAAGACAAAAUUACCACAAACUCUACAAAGCAACAGAGCAUGGGACACUAAUGCUGGGUAAACUUUCACUGGAUAUGAGUGGAAUAAUUGGAAACCCUGUGUGGACUACAUAUGAAGUGGAUCAAAAGGGACCUGGGAUGCGUUCUCAUCCCCUGCGGAAGACCAAUGUGGUUGAAUCAUUAUCAGAAGAUUUGAAAAGUGUCUUGCCCAGUGGAUUAGACAACCGGACGAUUGUUGAUGAUGGUACAUCUCAGCUGUUGUCAACCGAACAAAUAGCUAGUCUUCGGGAAGCUGGGAAAUCUGGUAAAGAAAUUGUUGGUAAACUUAUAGAAAAUAGUAAGACUUUUCAUAAUAAAACAGAGUAUUCACAAGCAAAGUAUUUGAAAAAGAAGGAGAAAAAAUACUUUCGGUACAUAACUAUCAGAAAACCCACCAUACCCUUGUUACACGAUAUUUUUUUCCGAAUGGAUCAUCAAAAAAUCAGUGGACUGAGAAUGGACACCCUAGCUCAACUUCUCUCAUAUUCCGGGGUUAAGGCAGAUGGGCUUUACAUGCUGUAUGAUAGCGGAUCCCAAGGAUUACCAGCUGCAGCUAUGCUCCAUCGUAUUGGAGCAAACACAAAUGGUAAACUACUUCAUAUACAUCCUGGGAAUAUACCCCAGAAAUAUUUGGUUCAAGCUAUGAACUUUCCUGAAGAACAGCUCAACAGAAUGAUAUUCGUUAACAUCCAUAGUCUACUGCGUAUGUAUUAUCAGGGCAUAGAGUCAAUUCUUGAAGAAUGGAAGUCUGGGGAAAAAUCAAAAACUUCAGACUUGGAUGUUAUUGACUUUAGCCGUGAACAUUCUGAUUUGAAGAAAAAUGACACAGAAAAUAGUGAUGAAAUCACUGUAGUUGAUUUAGAGGAAGACGAAGAGUUGAUCGACAAACAAGAAGUAGCAGCAAAUUCCGAAGCUGACAAAACAUCAGAAAACAAAGACUUGAAGCGGAAACUUGACGAUAAAAUAAAUCAUGGGCCACCAAAAAAACCAAAGUGGCUUUCCUUUGCAGAAGAGGCCGUUGAUCUUAUUAAAAAAACAAAAGCUGAAGGUCUUGUCAUUGUAGCUAAAGAGCAUCCAUUGAAUAUCAUUAAAAGUCUUCUACCAUUUUUAGGAGCUUCCAGACCAUUUGUGAUUUAUCAUGCAUCUAGGGAACCACUGCAGGAAACUUAUGUUGCUCUAAAGCAAAGAUCUGACGUUAUUAAUUUGAGAUUGUUUACCAAUUUCUUACGAUCUUAUCAAGUGUUACCCGAUAGGACACACCCUGAUAUUUUAAUGAGUGAUACAGGUGGAUAUUUAUUGUAUGGUUAUUCGGUUGAGUAAAUUCCUAAACUGCAAAAUUGUGAAAACAAAACUAUUUUAUGGUUUGACUAUAUCUUCAAUCAACUUCAAAUUUAUCACAAUUUAUUCUAAGAAAACGCAAGUGACAGUGAGCCACGGAUGUGUAACAAAUAAAUAUGUUUUUAAUACGAACAAUUUCUAAAUAAAAUACGACAAUUUGUUCCACGUGUUCGAUA